AUGUGCCCUGUUCUGGUUGCAUAUGCAACAAUUUUCUUGACUAUUAUCACCAGCUUCAUUCCUUUCGCCCAUGGCUUAUCAGUAUACAAUGAGAUUGGGCAGGGUCAACUACCUGAAGGAAGACUUCUCCAAAUCUUAGGAAAGGAUAAAACUGUAGAGAUACCGGCUGUCAAUGAACCGAAUAACCGAUGUACAUACUCAAAUUUGAAACCUGACUUUGACCCUGAGCCAUUCUACGGCGGAGACUUCUGGUCAUGCGGUGGGCCCAGUGGGGAUAGGUACAUAGGGAUAGAGGUCGACUUUGAGAACGUUCGCCCUCUAGUUCCAGCGAUGAUCGAUGAGAGAGAUCUCUUCACAGCCCUUGAGGAAGGCGCUUCAGCCAUGGCCGAGGCUGCAAAACAAAGGCCACCACCAAUUCCCCCCAGCGGCGCGCAUUCCGAUGUAAACGUUACUUCAGGCGACGCCAUUCUGCAUUUUGAAGGAUUUCCAUGUAUGGGAGAGGAAACCAUAUCCCUCAUGCAUCUACCAAUAGAGCAGAUCGAGUGGAGUGAACUCGGAGUCGCUUUGGGUGAUCUUCUGGACUUGCUGAAAGUUAGAUCAUCGCAGGGGAGGAAGAACAAUUCUGGGGUAGGGAGAAUCAUCAGGAUCAGGGAUCCCGUGGAUACCAGUAGCUGGAGUGACCUCGGAGGAUUUAACAUCCAGAGUAAAAGCGUGCCGUACCGAAAGUUGACAGAGCUGUUUCCGAUAGCGUUUGAAUGCUAUGGCAAACCUACGAACCUGACCCUAGAUGAUGGAGCGAAUGGUGAUGUGGGCAUUUCCAAGUCGUGA